AUGGCCGAGAAGCAGGAAGAAGAGGACGUUCCGGUCUCUUCACAAGGUUUGACAUGUCCACUGUGUCUUGAUAUCUUCGACGAUGCAACCCUCUUGACCUCUUGCGGACAUACCUUCUGUCGAGCCUGUCUCAAGAAAUAUGACCUAUCCCACCAGGAUCUUGAUCACAUGGUCUGCCCUCUCUGCAGGACAGUGACGAAGUUUUCCGCCAACCGGGUCGACGAUCUCCUCUCCAAUGUGACGGUCAACGGACUCGUAGACGACUACCGUGCCAGGUCUGGAGGGGCCAGUGCCAUCCAGGAGAUGCGGCAAAAAUGCACUGUCUGCAACCUUCAGAUAGAAACCAUCGCUUUCUGCAUAACAUGCAAUCUAUCCAUGUGUGACCAAUGCCGCGUUGGCCACAAACGACAGCAGAUGUUCUUCGAAGGUCAUGAGAUCGUAUCUAUCCAGGAUAUCAUUGAGGGAAAUGUUACACCUAGUCGCCCCUCCGAGAAAUGCUCCGUCCACAGACUAGAGAACAAAGAUAUGUUCUGUCAGGAUUGUAAGAUGCGCGUCUGUUUCAAGUGCGUCGUCAUCGAUCAUCGAGAUCACAAGAUAAAAUCACACAAGGACUUCGAAAAGGAAAUGCAGGUUAAGGUGAGUGAUCUUCUCCAUCGUUGUAAUGCAAAGAAGUCAGACCUGGAGAAGAACAUUCAGAAUGUGGAGACACAUCGUGAUGAAGCACAUACUGCGCUACAGCUACUACGUGAAAAUGUGGGCCUAGCCUGUCGUACCAAGGUCAAGCAACUAGAAGACAACCGACGUGUACUCAUUGAGAAGAUCGAUGCUCUGGAACGUAGUUUUAAUGAAGCCCUCAACGUUCUAAAGUCGAACGACCGACAGAUGAUCAAGAGCAUUUGUAGUUCGGUAGAUUUGGUGGAUAAUGACAGACUAGGUUGCCUUGAGACGGACAGUCUAUCUGCUCACACAUUCCUUUGCGAAGAGAUCGAUGGCUUGCUAAAGGAGGCUAUUGAUCAAACCUCUGCAGCAAACAUAAAGGAGAAGGCAAAAAAGCAGAAGUUCAAGCCUGCAGAUGACACCAGUCUUGACCUCGGGAAUAUCUCAGAAACAGUAACCCCCGAAGACAAGUACCCUCCUCCACCUCCCAGUAGGUUACACCCGAGGACAAGGACCCUCCCCCACCUCCCCUUCCUAGUACGUUACACCCGAGGACAAGUACCCUUCCCACCUCCCCCUCCUAGUUACCCCCGAGGACAAGUACCCUACCCACCCCUCCUCCUAGUAGCUUACCCCUGGGGACAAUUAACCUACCCCAACUCCCCUCCUAGCAGGUUACCCUCGGGGACAAGCACCCUCCCCAACUCCCUCCCAGUAGGUUACCCCGAGGACAAGUACCCUCCCCGUCCUCCCCCUCCUAACAGGUUACCCCCGAAUGUUACCCCCGAAUUCAAGUACCCUCCCCCACCUCCCCUCCUAGUAGGUUACCUCCGAGGGCAAGUUACCCCCGAGGACAAGUACCCUCCCCCACCACUUCCUCCUAACAGGUUACCCCCGAAUGUUACCCCCGAGGACAAGUACCCUUCCCCACCUCUCCUCCUAGUAGGUUACCGCCGAGGACAAGUACCCUACCCCAACUCCCCUCCUAGUAGGUUACCCCCGAGGACAAGUAUCCUCCCCCACCUCCCCUCCUAG